ACGGCGCCAUAUUAAAAUGCUCCCUCCUCUUUGCCUGUGAGGUCUUAGCUUCGUUAGCAGCAGCUAAACGGCAGCCUGCUUCUUACAUCCACUAGACGGACAGAGAGCGACGGCGUGAUGGAAAUUGACUCGCUUCAAGAGGCGCUCAGAGAUUUUGAGAAGAAAGCAAAGUCGGAGUCGUCUCCUCUUCUGGAGCAGUUUCUAUGUCAUAUUGCCAAGACUGGAGAGACCAUGGUUCAAUGGUCUCAAUUUAAGAACUACUUCCUGUUUAAAUUGGAGAUGGUGAUGGAUGACUUUAGCUCCUCGGCACCUGAGCAAAGAGGUCUCGCAAAUCCCAACGUGGAAUCAAUUCCAUUUGAAGAUAUGAAGGAGAGAAUCCUGAAGAUUGUGAAGGGUUACAAUGGAAUUCCAUUUACGAUCCAGCGCUUGUGCGAGCUGCUCACAGAACCCAAGAGGAACUACACAGGAACUGAUAAGUUCCUUCGGGGCGUGGAGAAGAAUGUAAUGGUGGUAAGCUGUGUUCACCCAACCUCGGAAAAAAAUGGCUGCAGUGCUGUCAACAGAAUGAAUGGAGUGAUGCUUCCUGGGAACACAUCUGCUUUUACAGAGAGGAAAGUGAACGGUCCUGGAACUCCCCGGCCGCUGAACCGACCGAAGGUGUCUCUGGCCAACUCACUAGCAGCCAAUGGCCUGCCAGACAGCACAGACGACAAAGACCUCAACACGGAGCAAGAAGAUGACGACGAUGACGACAAAGACUCCAGCGAGGUUUCAGCAUCGGGGGGUUCCCUGGGGAGCUCAGUGAAGAACAAACACCAAGAGGACGAGGAAGAGGACAUGGAAGCCGAGCACCAGGAAGUGAAGAGACUCAAGUUCAGCAAGGACGACGAGGACGACGAGGAUGACGAGGAGGACGAGGAAGAUCAGGAGGCAGACGCGCUGAGGCCUUCGAGCACCGCCUGCCUCUCAAAAGAGGCAGAAGCCAUGGUCCAGGAGGACGAGGAGGAGGAGAAGGCUGGGUACAGCAAGGAGAACGAAGCCUCCAGCAGUGCGGCUGCCGCUGAGGACCAAGAACCAACAAGCAGCACGCAGGCCGAGGUGUGUGCGGGCUCCGGUCCGGAGGCUGAGCAGGCCGAGAGGGAGGUGCCAUGCGGCUCCCAGGAGGAGGGCACUGACAUGGAUCAGACGGAGCAGCAGGCACCUGCAGGCGUCCUGGAGAGCCCCGAGACCAGCAGGGACAGCGAGGAGAGCAACAGUGACCCAGUCAGCAGCAGCAGCAGCAGCAGCAGCAGCAGUAGUAGCAGCAGCAGCAGCAGCAGCAGCAGCAGUGGUAGCAGCUGUAGCAUAGAGGAGAGUGCAGAAGCAACCAGAGAAGACGUAGCGCUCGCUCCCUCCAGCAGUACGUCUGAACCUCCUACAGAGGGCGCCAUGGAAAGUGCCACCUUGAACACUGGGACCACUGAGGAGCCCAUGGAGCAGGACUAGACUGAAUGCCCCCCUCUCACCCCCCACCCCCCUGCAGCCAUGUGUGACCAUGAACCAGCUUGUCCUUGAAUCCAGCUUGACUGUCACUGGGAAUGAGGACAACUAUACCUCGUACACAGGACAGACGCCUCGUCCCACUUUUGGACACUCCUCCAAAAUGGCUACCUGGCAUUGAUGUGGGCAUACAAAUAAAUUUUCAUUUGAAGUUUUCUUUCUUUUUAACUGGAAUAUUUUAUUGAUCUUAUUAUCCUCUGUUUUAAAGUUUCCCUUUUUAAAAGGGGUUGGUUUCAGCAGUUUUGAGUUUCUUGGCUGGAUUCUUUUUUUUUUUUUUUUUUUUUAAAUUUUUACAUUCAGUGGGGUUGUUCGGAUGCUGGGGUGGUCUGGUUCUUUUUUUCUUCUACCACUCACUCAACCAUGUGGACACUGUGACAAGGCAGUCAACAUUACGCCCGGUGUACCACACUGCCAGGGUCAGAACAGCCACAACAGCCCCUGAUUAUUUAUGAAAUGGUUAGCGAUAUGAGCGACCACCACCAUUUCUGUUCCUGACUGAACUUAGUCAAGCAGCGACCCGAACGCGACAACCCACCACCGCUAUAUUCUUAUUACUCCACCAAGUUCCACCAGGCUGUUGAGAACGUGUUUUAAAUGAGAAUUCUCUAUCCUUAUGAGAUGGGAGACUUUUUUUUUUUUCUUCUUCCCCUUAUGUCCUUAUAAUUAUUUUAACCAUAUUUUGUUUUGCAUUGAUACACUAACAAUACAAUGACAUGCUACCUUGUUGAGGCGUCUUCUGUAAAAUGAUAUAUUUUGGAUGCAUAAAACCACCAUAAUUUAUAUGAUCAAUUAAAUUAGUUACUUUGGAGUAUGUUUUUUUUUCUUUUUCUUUUCUUUUUUGGUUUCGUCUGCCAGUUGUAGUUUACAAAACCAGCUGUAAAUACAAAGAUGACUUCUGCUUUUCUUUGUAUCGUGAUGUCACCAUGUUGUUUCACCGACCGAUGUCCGGAGCAGUCUCUGGUUCCAGUUCUACACCUGUUUCUGCAGCUGUACUUUUUGAUAUUUAGAAUUUUAAAUUUCUGUAAAGUAGAUUUUUGUAGAUUGUAAUACAGUAUGUGUUCACUGCCUUUGUGAAACCAUAUAUAAUUGUAUAAUUUCUGUGUAUACUCUGAAUGCUUCUGCUUUCAGUGCGGUAUUCAGAAACGGCAAUAAAUGUUAACAUUUUUA